AACAAAGUAGUUUGUGUGUUCUUGAUCUUUUCUCUGUGUUCCUCCUGAGGUGUGUAAAAACCAACACGUUUAAAGGAAUCAGGUGUGCUGGCGUGUUCCUGUGGUACAGAAGAGUCUCUGCAGGUGACGAUCCAGCAGAACUUGAAUGCAGCACGGCUCCGCUGUGCAGAGCAGCAACAGUGCAGAUGAGCCCCAGUAAACAGCAGCCGACUGCUCUGCACGCGCGCACGCACGCAGCUGCAGCGCAGCCGCCUGAGCCUGCCGCCGCCGCCGUCCUCAUGACAUUCAGAACCGGGAGCUGCAGGGAGAGGAGCCGCCAAGCCUCCGACACACAAAGAGAGCGGAGAGCUCAUUCUGGAGCGUCGAUGGAGGGGAGAGGCGAGGGACCGACCGCGUUCCGGGCUAGCUGAAGCUGCUGCUGAAGCUGCUGCUGAAGCUGCUGCCGAAGCUGCUGCUGAAGCUGCUGCUGAAGCUGCUGCCGAAGAUCAGCGAACGGCGCGAGGAAAACCACCUGCACCUGAGAGCAGCGCACAGGUGACCGCAGCUGCUGCUUCUGUGGAGGAGCGCGGAGCGCUUCAAGUCCCGGUCCUGGGUGUCUGGCUCAAUGACUCCGCCCUAACAGGUGGAGGAUGAUGGGGAUGAGGGACCAUGACGUGGGCUUGCUCCUGCCCUUCCUGCUGCUCCUCAUCAGCGUGGCGUCCAGCCAAAGCCAAGGCUGCCCGCAGCGCUGCGACUGCACGGCCCGGCUGAAGGCCGUGUCGUGUUUCGGUAAACGGCUGGCGGCGCUUCCUGAUGGGAUCCCAGCGGACACCAGGGUCCUGGACCUGCGUGGAAACAGGCUUCGGUGGGUGGAGCGUGGAGAUCUGCUGCCGUUCCCGCGCCUGGAGAAGCUGGAUCUGAGUGAUAAUGUCAUCAGUGUCCUGGAGCCCAGCGCCUUCUCCAGCCUCCAAAACCUGCAGGCGCUGUCACUGCGGGGCAACCAGCUGAAGCUGGUGCCCAUGGGGGCUUUCUCAGGCCUUACCAACCUGACCUCGCUGGACCUCAGUGGGAAUAAGAUCGUCAUUCUGUUAGACUUCACUUUCCAAGACCUCAAGAGUUUGAAGAACUUGGAGGUUGGUGACAACGACCUGGUUUAUAUUUCCAACAAAGCCUUUCUGGGUUUGGUGGGACUCCGAGAGUUGACCAUCGAGAGGUGCAAUCUGACCUCCAUUUCCAGCCAGUCUCUGUCUUUCCUGCACAACUUAGUGAGUCUGCGGCUCCGCUACCUCAGCAUCUCUGCCUUGGAAGACCAGAACUUCCGCAAACUGGGAAACCUGCGAGGUCUGGAGAUCGACCACUGGCCUUUUCUGGAACACAUCUCCCCCCACUGCCUGCAGGGUCUGAAUCUGUCGUGGCUGUCCAUCAAGCACACCAAUAUCUCCUCCGUUCCCACCUCAGCCCUGCGCAGUCUGGCUCACCUCACCAGCCUGGACCUGUCCUUCAACCCCAUCGCCGUGCUGGAGUCCUGGGCUCUGCGGGACCUGGUCCGGCUCAAGGAGCUGCAUCUGGUCAGCACCAAGCUGGCGGUAGUUCAGCCUUAUGCGCUGGGUGGUCUCAGACAGAUCCGUCUCCUGAACCUGUCCGGAAACAGCCUGGUGACGCUGGAAGAGUCGGCUUUCCAGUCAGUCAACACGCUGGAGACGCUGCGGCUGGACGGGAAUCCUCUGAACUGCGACUGCCGCCUGCUCUGGAUCCUGCAGCGCAGGAAGACGCUCAACUUUGACGGUGCCUCGCCUGUGUGCGUGACGCCAGUUGAGGUGCAACAACAAGCUCUCAAUGCUUUCUCUGACUCCGCCCUCUUUGACCAUUUUACCUGCCAAAAGCCUAAGAUCCGGAACAGGAAACUGCAGCAGGUUUCCGCGCGUGAGGGUCAGGUGGUGUCCUUCAGCUGCAGAGCAGAGGGCGAGCCGGCCCCUCUCAUUUUCUGGAUCUCUCCUCAGCGCCGCCGGAUAACCACCAAAAGUAACGGCAGACUGACGGUGUUGCCAGAGGGGACGCUGGAGAUCAGGUACGCCCAGGUGAUGGACAGCGGCACCUACAUCUGCAUUGCCAGCAACGCUGGGGGGAAUGACACGUACUUCGCCACGCUCACCGUCAGCGGGCUGCCGCUGGAUGCCACGCUCAUGGCCAAUCGCACGUACUAUGUCGGGGACCUGAACGACACCAACCUGAACGACACCAGGGUGUUCCUGAAGUUCACUCUGGACCUGAAGACCAUCCUGAUCUCCACCGCCAUGGGCUGCAUCAUGUUCCUGGGGGUGGUUCUGUUCUGCUUCAUCCUGCUGUUCGUGUGGAGCCGGGGCCGCGGCCAGCACAAGAACAACUUCUCCGUGGAGUACUCCUUCAGGAAGGUGGACGGACCUGCAGCCAGCGGGGGGCAAGGCGGAGCGCGGAAGUUCAACAUGAAAAUGAUCUGAGUGGGCGGAGCUCCGCUCUGCAGAUGAAGUCCCUUUAGGAAAAUUUUUCAUGAGACAGAAACUGCUUGCAUGAGGAGUUCUGAGGCACUUAGUUGUUUUUCUGUGUAGACUUUGGUGUAAGAUGAGGAAAGUUUUCUCCUGUCUCACAUCCCUGAACAGUCUGUUUAAAUCGAACCCAGCCAACUGCCGACAGCACCGUUCCUCUGCAGAACCUCUUCUGGAUCUGCUCCAUCUUCACACCCAUCAACCGACUGGUGCUCACAUAUUGCCAAGGACUGCCAAUAGAACCGGAGAGUUCAGACUGCGGCGAGCUCGGUCCCGGUCCAGCUCAAUCACGGUCCAGCUCGGCCCCGGUCCAGCUCGGUCCCGGUCCAGCUCGGUCCCGGCCCAGCUCGGUCCCGGCCCAGCUCGGCCCCGGCCCAUCUCGGUCCCGGCCCAGCUCGGUCCUGGUCCUGCUCAGUCCCGGUCCAGCUCGAUCAUGGUCCAGCUCUGUCCCGGUCCAGCUUGGUCUUGGUCGAGCCCGAUCCCAGUCCAGCUUGGUCCUGGUCCUGCUCAGUCCCGGUCCAGCUCGGCCCCGGUCCAGCUCGGUCUCGGCCCAGCUCGGUCCAGCUCGGUCCCUGUCCAGCUUGGCCCUGGUCCUGCUCAGUCCCGGUCCAGCUCAAUCACGGUCCAGCUCGGCCCUGGUCCAGCUCGGUCCCGGCCCAGCUCGGUCCCGGUCCAGCCCGGUCCCGGCCCAGCUCAAUCACGGUCCAGCUCGGCCACUAUCCAGCUCGGCCCUGGUCCAGCUCGGUCCCGGUCCAGCUCAAUCACGGUCCAGCUCGGCCACUACCCAGCUCGAUCAUGGUCCAGCUCGGUCCCGGUCCUGCUCAGUCCCGGUCCAGCUCGGUCUCGGCCCAGCUCGGUCCCUGUCCAGCCCGGUCCCGGCCCAGCUCGGUCCUGGCCCAGCUCGGUCCCGGUCCAGCCCAGUCCCGGCCCAGCUCGAUCAUGGUCCACCUCGAUCAUGGUCCAGCUCGGUCCCUGUCCAGCCCGGUCCCGGCCCAGCUCGGUCCCGGCCCAGCUUGAUCCCGGUCCAGCUCGGCCCCGGUCCAGCUCGGUCUCGGUCCAGCUCGGUCCCUGUCCAGCCCGGUCCCGGCCCAGCUCCUCCCGUUCUGUCGUUUUAUUCCAGACUCACAGAGACCGCCACACUGCCAUGUUUAGAGCUGUACGUCGCUCGCCGUUCAUCAGCAGGUCGACACGUUCGAGGUUUCUGUGGGACGUUCAGGUGUUUGCUGGCGGUCCGGCGGAUUUCUGUGCCGCGUCUUUCAAGAGUUUGUAUUUGCAGAUGUGAUUAUCUUACCUUUUGUACAGACAGGACGUCGACUGCUCUCCGGUUCCUCUGUUUUGUAUUUACUGACUGAAUUCACUGUAGUGGUUUGUGUUCCUGUUUGUUCUACUGUUAUUAAAAGACUUCAGGAUCCUUUUAAAA